CAACUAUUGACCCCGUGAACCGGAAGCUACUUCAGUAACGGGCAGAUCGCGAAUGAGCGGCGGUUUCUGUCAAAUCGGUUUGGAUAAUUUAUCAAAACAAGAACAUUUUUCCAGUGCGAAUUGAAUAAUACAUCAACAUGUUUUACCAUAUUUCUUUGGAGCAUGAAAUCUUACUACAUCCGAGGUACUUUGGUCCUAAUCUGCUCAACACCGUGAAGCAGAAGCUUUUCACAGAAGUGGAGGGCACCUGCACUGGCAAGUAUGGCUUUGUCAUCGCAGUCACCACCAUUGACAACAUCGGGGCAGGUGUAAUCCAACCGGGGAGAGGGUUUGUCCUCUACCCAGUCAAGUACAAGGCCAUUGUGUUCCGCCCAUUCAAAGGGGAGGUGGUUGACGCUGUGGUCACUCAGGUCAACAAGGUUGGAUUGUUCACAGAAAUUGGUCCCAUGUCUUGCUUUAUCUCUCGCCAUUCCAUCCCUUCAGAAAUGGAGUUUGACCCCAAUUCCAAUCCUCCGUGUUAUAAGACAGUUGAUGAGGACAUUGUAAUCCAGCAAGAUGAUGAGAUUCGGCUAAAGAUUGUGGGGACAAGAGUGGACAAGAAUGACAUUUUUGCCAUUGGUUCUCUCAUGGAUGAUUACCUGGGUCUUGUGAGCUGAUUCAUUGCAGAAGGACCACAUUUCACAUGGGACACUUCAUGUAGUAGAUUACUCAUCUUGUUUAUAAAAUUCAUGUUACUUUUACACUUUCUUUUUUAUACAAAUUGGUGGAAAAGGUCUCAGCAACAUAAUUGUAUUAUAAUGUUGCACAAUUUACAUGUAUUUUUUUUAUUGGAACUAGUUCAGGUAAAUGCUUAAUAAAUUAAUUGCAAGAUGUAAUAGUUUGGAAGCAGAACAAUUAUUGUUUCUUUGUAGAAAUCACAAUUUCCAUUUCAACUAUGUACUGGUUAGUCUUUGUUCUCUGACUGCAAAUAAAGUAUUUUAUUUCUUGUA